GAGUCAGAUGACCGGAAGGAGUGGCUUCUGAGUGCUUUCCCUGCAGUUUGAGGAGAGAACCGUGGAGGAGGCAGAGGCUCAAGUCAUGGAGCGCUACGAUAAGGCGGCGCUGAACGCGCUCUCGGGCCCCGAAGCCAGGAGUGAAGGUUCUUUGGCCUCAACUCUGAGAACACUUCUAUUCUUCACAGCUUUAAUGAUUAUGUUACCCAUUGGACUGUAUUUUUCAUCAAAGACAUACGUAUUUGAAGGCAUCUUUGGAAUGUCCAACAGAGACAGCUAUUUUUAUGCUGCAAUUGUUGCUGUGAUUGCGGUUCACGUCGUACUUGCUCUUUUUGUCUAUGUUGCAUGGAAUGAAGGUUCCCGACAAUGGAGGGAAGGCAAACAGGAUUAAAGCCAGUGUUGAAAUUGGACAGAAAAGGGAACAUUUACAGGUGUAGUGCAACCCCAAAUUGUAAAACCUAUGUUUGAAUACGAUGGGUUACAUUGCCUCUCAUUCCCAGCAGUUUUUGUCUUUAUUUUAAUGACAACUGUGACUUCAUGAGUCUCUAAACCUGAUGAAGUUGGGAAGACUAGGAAGAAGAGCAACAGAAUACACCAAAAGGAAUAUUCAUAACCUUCCAACAGAAGAGUCACAGGAGACCUUUUGGUAAUUACAACCGAAGCAACCAACCAAGAACUGUUUUGAAAUCCACAUAUAAAGGAUUUGCAAUGAAAAAUUCAUGAGGAUAUAUUACUGUCCACUAAUAACUUAGAUUGCAAAUGGAUGAAAUUGGCUUCAAUACACUCAAUCUGUGUCUUCUAGAUAGGAGCUCAGUUUAAGAGCUUUGAUACACUGGGCUGCAUCUUAUGUCUAAGAAAGACAAAUGUUUAGGGGUCCCACUUUCCCUUUUUGAUGGAGAAGAAUUAAUGUAGUUUAUCCCAACCAUGUGCUUGUAAGUUCAGUCAGUCUGUUCCUAGCAUAUUUCAGUUGGGUAUCUUUUGGUGGAAGAUGUCUUUCUCUUUAAAAAAAAUAGAGUUUGUCAGAUGCCAUGAUCUUGAACCCAGUCAUUGUUAUCCAUUUCCAAGAUGCACUUUUCCUCAAAUAAUUAGACAUUAAUCUCUAAAAUAUAAUAGUUAUCAUAUGAUAACUACCUAGAUCACGAUAAUACUGUUAGGCAACUCUGUGCCCCCCCUCAAAAAACCCCACCUAUGUGCAUUGCUUUAUGAGCUAUUUGUGCUUUGGAGUUGACUUCCAUCAGCUUCUGUUUUUAGCAUCUUUGUGAUAGUAGCAUUGCACUCUUGUUCACUUUUCCAGUCUUUGAAAGAUAAAAAGCCAGACUCUUGCUACUGAGGCUUUGCUCCUGCUCUUUCUUGCUGUUCCACUUGGAUCUUGUAAAUAAAUGGGUGUCUUAUACUGCUUCUGGUGCUCUUGCACUAGAGUAAAUGUGAAACCCAAAACAGGGGUCAGCUGAAUUCAACGUGAACAAAACAGUUGUUACUUGUUUGCAUUGCCUGAUGGUUCUAUGUAAAAUCAUGAGAAAUACCUCUUCCACUUUUCUCACUGAUGGGAUGUUCAAGCAGGCAGUUCUUUGCUAAAGCCUCCACUCAUUUCAAUAACAGCUUAUAAGGAAUUCUACAUACGAGCCUAGUUGACAUGAUGUGAUACACAGCAACCAAAUCAUACCUGUUUCAGUGGCUGAUGUGAACUAUAGAUUAAGAAUAGCGUUUUCCUUAAGACUGAAUUAAUUUCCAGCUACCUGAAUCUUAAAUAUUUGUUGUUGUCUUGCUAGGCUUGAUAUAUUCCACUUUCCCUUUUAAGGGAUGCCUACUGGGAGAGUUCAAAUUGCAUGAACAACUUCCUGAUAUACAGAUAAGAACUUCCACCUUGUGUUAAUACAAAACACUGGGAAACUCUCAAGAAUAAAAUGAUGAUGAUGAUGAUGACGGGUUAGAUCCCAACUCUGCUAAGAUAUUGACAGUCAAGGGGUUUAUAAUCAAGAUUUACUUUGGCUGGAAAAGAUGUCUAACGUUGGGCUAACAACUAUUGUCAUUUUGAAUUGCAAAAUUUAUUUUGUGCUGAGAGUUUUUUUAUUUCUUCCUUUAUACAGUAUAUGAAAUUUAUGUUGUACAGUCAACUCUUCCUUUAAAUAAAAUAUAGUUAUUAAUUUUUGGGUCCAAUUAAAUGGAAAUGUUGAAACAGUAACUUCUGAAUCAUCCCUUAUUAGCUACCAUAUUGCAAUUAAUGUUUUAUUGCCACUAUUGUAGUUUUGUUGAUGACUGUCUUAUAUAUUGGCUGUUAUGACACACUACGGAUGCCAGGUUAUAUCCACAGUAUGUGUCUCUACAAAACCCGCACCCACGAAGAAUGUUUUCUUCUAAUGAGAAAAUCGCACCCAAUAGAUCAGUUCUGUAAUGUUCAUAGGAUGUGCACAGUAUGCUCUCCAGAACAAAAUGUCCUCUUAUGGUGGUUGUCUUCUUUGUUUUUUGUUUUGUUCUGCUGUUUGAGCACCUUUCUAGAGAAAAACGGAUUUCAGCUUUUUCUACAUAUAAGUAAGUCUGAUGAUAGUUUUUUUAGAAUUAAUUCCUGUUUGGUACAAAAUGAAGUGACAAGCUGCAUGGAGAUGAUAUGGAAGCUGUAGCCAUCUUUAUAUAAGAUGUAGGACGCAAAGCUGCUUUGUUCUUGUAUAGAAUUAAUUAUUCAGGUUUACAGAAAAGGUUUACCUAAAUUUUAGUCCAGAAUAAUAUGGGAGGGGAUUGUCAUAGUUGUUAAUUUGCCUGUGGCUAAUCAUGGGGCUGUUGUCAGAAAUUCUGGGUACUUGCUUGGGACAAGAUGCAUUUUGUUUUGAACAUGGUAUCAAUAUUAGUCUUUAGGUACAUUAACAAGCAUGUGGACAUCACAAGUCAGAAUUGUAAAGAAAUCUACACAUUUGUCAGUGGCUGGUUGAUUACUUCUGUUUGUAAUGUAGAAGCUAAACAAACCACAGUCUUUCAAUCUGUGGCUUAUUUAGUACAGUAUCUGAAUGAGGCAGGUGCUUGUGCUCUGGUUUGUUUUUCACCCAGCAAGUCGUAGAAUGAAUCUACAGUUCCUGGUUCAUUUCUCUGGCAUGUAAAGAGAGAGGUAAACCAGAUUGGUGUGCAUCAAGCUGUCAGAAGCCAAAGUUGUGUGACUUGUUUAGAUGCUCCCAUUGCAAGUAGGAGCAAUGUUCACUAACACAUGGCUUAUGAUAAUCAAACCAAGGUUCUGUGGGAAACCUAGCUUGUGACAUACAAACCAGGUUAAUAUGCAGUGUUCCUUCUCCAUUUAGGUUACUCAGGUAAGGCCUCAGUGAUGGUUCUUUUUUCUCUGUUUGAUUCAGAUACAUAAAACUUGCCUUCCACCAGUUGGUGGCAUGAUACAUUUUUUAAAGAAUUUGAUUCUAAUUGGUGGCACACAACAUAGUUUUUGUCAAAUGUCACUCACAUCAAGGAAGAGUGACAAGCAGGAUUCAUUGGAAGAUAAAAAAAACUUCUUUCUUUACAAAAGACAGCUUCUGCUCAGUCAGUGUUUAAAGGCUCCCAGCAAAAAUGAGGCAGCACUUGCCAAAAAACCAGCAAUUUCUCCUGGAAGUCAUUUCUGGACUUUCAUAUUUCCUUACAGUGUAUUUUAGUAACCCUAAACUCCAUAGCAAGUACAUUUCUAUACCGCUUAUCAUUUCCAUCCCCAAUCCAGCAGCCCACUUUCUGCUUGUGAAUCAUGUACCAAGCCAGUGAUUUGCAAGCAUAAUAGUUUUUCUUCAGGCAUUCUGGUGAAGUCUUGUUCUUCCUUUUCUGCAAGGAUCUUCCCACCUUUCCUUCAUUACAAAAUUGGUGAAGGCCUGUGCAGUUGUUUCUACUGACUUUGGUGUUAUGUGCCUAAAGAUGUGUUCUCUCAAGUAAAAAAAAAAAUAAUAGUGCAUUUUUAAAAUUUGUGGUUUUUCCACUUGCACAGGGGUCCUGCAUCCUUAACCAUAGUUAAUGUGAAGGGCCUACUGUAGUGUUUUGUCCUCUGUACUAUUCCAAUCUGUGCUUUGGACUAUUUAGUUUCACCAUCCCUACCAAAUUAUUUCCAUUACGCUGUGGCCUUGGGGAGGGGGGUUCUUCCUCUCCAUGGACUUGUUCUUUAUCUGAUGUGGCUAUCAUGAUUUCUCCAUCCUGUGGCUUCCCUUGCUGUGCAGUUUGUUGUCUGCCACUUGAACUCUGAAUUCCAGUCUCUCCUCCUCUCUCCAGUUUUUGAAUAGGAGAGGGAAAAUAAACAGACCUUCUGGAAGUGUCUAGGUAUUGUCCUGAAUGUGCUUGGCAGCAGGAAGGAAGAAAAGCAGUAGGAGCAGCCCUUUUAAACAUGACAUUCACUUGGCAUUUCUCAGGCUCUUCUGAUGGAAAACUUCAUGAACAAGAUUGAACAGUGAUCCUUUAUCUUCAUAGAGUGUAAUAGAGCUACAGUAGAAAAUCUGCUUCUUCACCGUAAGAUGAGCUCUGUGGGGAGUUAAUGCAUCUUGUGUGUCAUAAAGAGAAACAUUUGUACUAGAAGGCUAUGCGUAAGGUAAGUGCUGUGCUAGCAUCUUGAUGAGGGAAAUAAGGUGUUGUAACAAAUGUACAUCUUUUCACUAGUUGGGGAAGACCUCAACAACAGCAAAAAUCCAAAUGUGUUUAAAGGUAUUGGUAGAAUUUUAUUGAUGUUUUUGCACAUGAGUAAGUUCCCUGCAGAAGUGAUCAACCAUUUUUGUUUGUUUCGAAAUGUCCAUAUUCAGUUCAAAGUUACGGAAAUAAAAUUGUGCAUGUAGUGCCUUAUGCAUGCAGCUGUGCAUUGCAUUUCCAUUUCUCAGGGAUUUUCAUUUCAUAUUUGGUUAUGUAUUCAAUUGUAUGUUUGCUGCCUUGCUUCGGUUGUGUGCAACAUUACCGUUCAACACACAGAUUGUAUGUCACAAUUAAUAUAUGCCAUUCAACACAGAGAUCAUAUGCCACAAUCAAUAUAUGCCAUGAUCUAUACUACACAAUCCCAUUGUGGGAUCUUGGUCAUUAUCUUGUCUCUUAGGAGCCCUACCUUAAACCAGGUUACUGGUAAUACCAGUUACUGAAACCUUGCUGAGUGUUCUGCUAGAAAGGUAGUUCAGGGCUGCAGAAGCAGUAGUUUUCAGCCUUUCUAGUUUCAGAUAACUUUUACUGUGAUGAAAUAUCUGUCCUCUGUUAUAUGGGCAACAGUAUCCAUUCUUCCUACAUUUUUUUCUCAACUCAAGUUUCAGAGAAACCGAUGAACUGAGUCCCUUUUUCUGACAUAGACAGAGAAAGCCUCAUUUUAAUUUUGUUGUUUUGCCGGAACAGAAUAAGAAGAACAUAUCAACAAAAAGGUUCAUGUUCAGCUAAUAUUUCCCCAUUGUGCCUUGUUUGUCCUUUUCCUUUGUGCUUAUUUAAAUGUUAGAUUUUUGCAGUGCGUAAUAAGCAUUCUUCUCUGUGACCUUAAAAGCUCCUUUUCAUUUUCCUUUCUUGUCUGCACAGUUGGCGGAACUGUUUUCCAUAAUAUUUCAUCCUCAAGAGCCCUUCUCUCUUUCUUUCGAGAUUAUACAAUAGAAGCAAUGAAUUGAUUUUGGGAGACAAGGCUGCACUUCAUAUCCUCUGACAGCAAUGACUCACAAGUCGAAGCUGAACCUUAUAUCUAUUCCACCCCCAGCUGAUAAAUUAAAUCAAAAGACAGAGUGGUUUAGUAAGAUUGGAGAAGAAGGAGAACCAAUAUUAACUGUGAAGAAGUGUCCAUAUACAACAGGAUGUGUUCUAAGAAAUCGAUUACUGCACAGUAGGAUUUGAAAGGGAGUGUGAAGCAAACAGGAAGGAAUCCUUAACAUCAAUACAUUAGAAGAUCUGACUUGAAAGACAUGGCUUUCUUAAGACUCCAUAUCAACCCAAAGCUUCCUACUUUCUCCAACCUGAAUGAUCCAAUUAAAAGCAUUUUCUGAAUUA